AGGCCCGUUUGCUGAUACGACUCAUAACUAUUUAAGUUCCACAUAAGUUACUAAGUUGUGCUUAAUGGUUUGCAGAGAACUCAAAGUUUGACAUAAAUGAACCUAAGUGAAACUUAUUUUAUGGGGAAGAUAUAGUAGGGCAUAAAACCUUAAGUUUCACUUAGGAGAUUAUGUUGUGUGUUGACAUUUCAGUAAAUUGUAGUGCCAAAAAAGUAGUUCUUUGUUCAAACUAAAAUAAAAUAAUAACAAUGAAUUUUGAAUUGGCCGAUUUGCUGGAAGAUGAUGUGGAGGUCCUUGAAUUGAUUGAAGUUGGUGUCCCCCGUCAGGUUUACGAUAGGAAUGAGUACUUUUUUAGUUUCGAUGAAUUGGCCUUCUACAAAAGAUUUCGUUUGACUAAAAAGAUGGCUAUCCAUGUAUUAGAACAAAUCGAGAAGGAUCUAGAACGACCUUAUAACAGAAAUAAUUCAAUUCCACCCAUAAACCAGCUAUUGGUAGCUCUACGAUUCUUUGCUACAGGCAAUCAUCUUUUAAGUAUUGCUGAUUUUGGAGGGAUACAUGUUUCAACUGUUUCAAGAAUAGUUUCAAGAGUUGCCACAAGAAUUGCAAAAAAUAUGAAUUAUGUACCCUUGGAAUUACAUAUCCAUAAGAAUAAGAAAUAA